CAGAAACAGUAAGGUAUACGCUUUUAAUCAGGCAUCUGUGGGACACCAGCCGACGGUUGGGUCCUUAGAGUUCCACAAAUCUACGCAAUCACCUAAAAACUCAAUGGCGACGACGUAUAUGCGAGAUUGGGAUUGGAUUUAAAGAAUGGCAGGCCUCGCCUGGUAUUUGGACACCACGUCUAAUCCCUCACAGAUACACAAGGGAUUUGUGAUUGUGUAGCGUCACGUCGGAUAUCUGAGCUCAUACGAGGCGGCCCAACGCGCAGAGACCAUGUACUGCCUCCAGUGGUUACUCCCGGUCCUCCUGAUCCCCAAACCUUUAAAUCCGGCCCUGUGGUUCAACCACUCCAUGUUCAUGGGCUUCUACCUGCUCAGCUUCCUGUUGGAGAGGAAGCCGUGUACCAUUUGUGCCUUAGUCUUCCUGGCGGCGUUGUUUCUCAUCUGCUACAGCUGCUGGGGAAACUGCUUUCUGUACCACUGCCACGAUUCUCCACUGCCGGACUCAGCACACGACCCCAGCAUCGUGGGCACCUAGACUCGGGGUUUCCGCUCGGACACAUCCGAACUGUGAAUACAAGAGCCGCCGGGAAUGCUGGGAAGUUUCAGUUCUUUAUACCCACGUUGACAACCGCUCUCCGCUGUAACCUGUAACAAAACCCCCGACUUGAAUCUCCUCGCAGGGGCGUCUGAAGCUUGCAUGGGUUCCAUUCUCGUUGUGUUCGGUGCACAUUCUUUCAUUUCUGGAUGCUGAAUUUUUCCAAAGGGGUAGAUGAUAAUGCGUGUGCGUGUUUGUAUAUUGCGAUUUUUGGGUUUCUGUUCACGUGUCAAUAAUCAGUAUGAGUCCAAGUGUUAAGCGGAUAGACGCCAGAUGAAUUUUGUCACGCAAGUUGAGCUGGAGGCGUGCUUCUGCACUGCUGAGUUAGCUCAAAUGCUGUCUCCACUUUUAAUUCAAUAAAGUUUCUAAUGAUCAACA